CAUGAGCCUCCAGGUUUCAGUCCAAGAGGUGGGAGCUGAAGAGGCACCUGGCUUUGCCCUGCAGCAGCUCCAGCCCCGCCAGGAAACCCGAGACUUCGCAGGAACUCCAGGAAUUGAACUCUAAACAUCGGGAUUGAGCAGAGAAGGACCUUGAGUACGAGGCCUCCUUGGGCGCCCAGAAGGCUUCUGAGCAGCUGUGCUUGCCUUGUUCUCUCUCCCUGGCUCCUCCCUCCUCCCCUUAGGCCCCUGUCUUACCACCUUCCUCCUCUGUUCCUUCCUUCCCUCUUGGGGAUCCCUUUUGACUUCCUCCCCAAUCUUCCUCUCCCCCCUGACUCUUCCUUUUCCUCUUACCUUCCCCUCUCCCGCCUUCCCCUCCCCCACCUCCCUCUCACCCCGCUUUUCCCCUUGCCUGAGCUUUACUCCUUCCCCACCUUCCACUUGGCCCUGCCUUCCCCUCCACUGUCCCCCAUUUCCCUUACCUUUCCCUCCCUCUCCUCUUCCCCUCCUCCCUUACCUUUCCACCUGCUCUCCUCACUACCCUCCCACCCUCCGCCUCUCCUUCUCUCCCCUCCCACGCCCCACCCACCACUGUUUGCUUUUCUCCCGGAUCUGGAUGAAGGGGUUGCCCUGCCCAUGCCCUGCCCUGCCCCAUUUGUGGUGGCUGGGGUCUUGCUUCAUGGCUGAGGGCUCGGGGACUCAGGCCCCUGGGAAAGGGCCCCGGCUCAGCAUCCAGCUCCUGAGAGCCCAGUACGAAGGCUUGCGUCGGCAGCAGAGGGCCCAGGCCCACCUGGUGGUGCUCCCGAAAGGAGGGUACACGUCUGCUCCUGCAGAGUCCAUGGUCAGUGCUGUUUGGAUUAACAAGGAGAGAAGGUGUUCCCUGUCCCUGGAGGAGGCAGAUCCUGAAGCAGAGGUGAUGCUGGAGGAGGCUGACAGAGGCUGUCUUCAGGUCCCUGAAUCUCCAUGGCACAAGCACCUAGAGAUGCACCGCUGGGUCCAGACCUUCCAUCAGGAAACCGGUCUUCAAGUGAAACACAAGGGCAAGCUCAUGGGGUCCGAGCAAAGGCUCCCUCAGGAAGGAGACCUGGGCUCGUUUGAAAACAAUCAGAUGACUCAGCAAGGGACCAGCAUUCUAGAAACAGCCCGGCAUGAAUGUCAGGAGGACAAUGUCCAAACAAAGGCAGCGGGAUCUGGCUUAAAUAUCGGCAUUCAGUGCCCUCCUUCCAUAAAGAACCCACACAGGUCUGAAAAACCAGCUCACUAUCCAUUUCCCCAGAGGAAAACUCCCAGGAUCUCUCAAGCUGCCAGGAACCUGGGCUUAUAUGGUCCAGCCUGAGGCUUUCUACUCAGCCAAAUGUCUCAACUUUGAAACUAUGGAUGACCUCAUCAAAGAACACAGGAGGCAGAGCCACAGCUAGGGCCUCUAGCUAUGCACAAGAGCUAGACUAACUCAGUUGCAAGGAUUCUGAACUUCAUGGUGGACACACAGUCUUGCCCUUCAAAAAAGAAGAGAUUGCCUAGACCAGAUUGCACACAGUCCGGGAUGAAAGAGGGUUGUCUAAUCGAUGCGAUGUGGCCUUAUUCUGCUUGUAUACAAAGACCUUGCUAUGGAGCCCUAGAUGCCCAUUCUUUGGGGAGGCCCAGUAAGACACCUCCUCUGUCCCUAGAAAAGGGAAUUUGCAAACAUAACACAGGCGCCCUAGCCAAUGGAAUGCCUUAGCAGUGCCCUGGAGUCAACGGGCGUGGGCAGUCUUGUUUUCAGUAUCUUCUGAUGAUUUCUCACAUGAUCUGGAGAAGAUGAGCACUGAGAAUUGCCUUUUUCUGGUUACUGUGCCUGGAGGCCAGCUCACUUAGAAGUCACUGCAUUCAUUGGGAGUGACCACACCAUUUCAGCUAAGACUCCCAAAGUAUGGUCACUGUGGGUUAAACAAACAAACAAACAAACAAACCUACUGUUUUGUGUGUUAAGGGUGUUUAGGCCAUCUCUCACCUCUCACUGAGACUGCACAUUCCAGACCAACCAUUGGUUUAUUUCCUUGUCUCUCUCCCUCUAUUCUUCCCUCCCUCCCUCCCUUUCCUUACCUUUCUUUUCCUCUCUUCCUUCCUUCUAUCCUUCCUCCCUUCCUUCCUUUCUUCCCAUUUGUCUGUCUUCUCAUCCCCCCCCCCACUCUCUGUCUCCUAAUUAAGUUCUUAUUAAACACUGCCAGUGAUUGAAGAUAUAUAGUAGUUGGAGCCUGAGCAGGAGACAAAGAAAUGUUCCUAUUGGAAAAUAUGUAGUCCCCACAAACUCCUUCCUCUUCAGCCAAAUUUGAAGAACUCAGAUCCUUCCUGGGAUAUUUUAAACUCAAGAAAAAGCGAACCAGGUGUUACUUGGGUGAUGAGAAGAAAGUCAGUCUUUCUUGGUUAAUGUUUAACUUUAGGAACGAUAUUUAAACACACCGAAGGUGCCUUUCCCUCAUAUCAGAUAAUCGCUCUGUAAAGUUUCAUUUGUAUUUUCCUCUUUUUCCCCAAUGGCAAUCCUGUCUUGUCCAUCUUCA